UAUAUAUACUCAUCAACCAUCCCACCUUCACAUUCCAUUUAUUGCAUCUUUCCUGUUCAGAUUUGUGGCAAACCCUCAUAAAGCAGAGAGAUAUAAAAAAAGCUGAAAACGAUGUCGUUUCAAAAUGAUCAAGACUCAGGGGAUAUGUCUCCCCAGAGAAAAUUGGGAAGGGGAAAGAUCGAAAUCAAACGGAUCGAAAACACAACAAAUCGACAAGUGACUUUUUGUAAGCGUCGCAACGGUUUGCUCAAGAAAGCUUAUGAGUUGUCUGUUCUUUGUGAUGCCGAGGUUGCUCUUGUCGUCUUCUCUAGCCGCGGUCGCCUCUAUGAGUAUGCCAACAACAGUGUGAAAGGCACCAUAGAUAGGUACAAGAAGGCAUGCUUAGAUCCACCAACAAGCGGCUCUGUUGCUGAAGCCAAUGCUCAGUUUUACCAACAAGAGGCUCAAAAACUGCGCCAUCAAAUAGCUAACCUUCAGAACCAAAAUAGGCAAUUUUACAGGAACAUUAUGGGUGAAUCGCUAGGGAACAUGCAACAGAAAGACCUCAAGAAUCUCGAAGGCAAACUAGAGAAAGGUAUAAGCAGGAUCAGAUCGAAAAAGAAUGAACUUCUAUUUGCUGAAGUCGAGUAUAUGAAAAAGCGAGAAAAUGAGUUACAUAACAGUAACCAGUUCCUCCGAGCAAAGAUUGCUGAAAAUGAAAGAGCUCAGCAGCAACACAUGAGUUUGAUGCCUGGAAGUUCUUCUGAAUACGAUCUAGUAGCGCCUCACCAGCCAUUUGAUGGUCGGAACUAUCUUCAAGUCAAUGAUCUUCAAAACAAUAACAGUUACUCUUGCCAAGAUCAAACUCCCCUUCAGUUAGUGUAAGAUAACAAACAGAAUAAUUUCUGUCAUUAGAAGGGAUUAAAAAGUAACAUAUCGACUCAUAUAUUUAUAUUGUCGUUUUUUAUUUGUGCUGCCACGCGUGCAAACAUUGUGUAUCCUAAGAAACAGGCUUGUUUUUUUCCAA